UUUGCACCAAAUUAACAAGUUCUUGUCUCUUUCAAUUUCCUCAUCCAUUUCUCUUUUAUCUCUCUCUCUCUCUCUCUCUCUCUCUCUCUCUCUCUCUCUCUCUUUUUAAAAGCUUUCAAUCAAUUAAAUUAUAAUGGCUCCGACAAUGGCUGUAAGUAACUAUGAUAUCUCCGACUUUGUGUUACACAAAGGACAUGGAGUCAAGGGUCUAUCAGAGACGGGCAUCAGAACCCUCCCAAACCAAUACAUCCAACCCAUCGAAGAAAGGCUUUGCAUGACAAAAGUUGUGCCCCAAGACUCCAUUCCCAUCAUAGACAUCUCCAACUGCAUGGAGGACCCGAAAGUUGCAGAAGCCAUUUGCAACGCAGCAGAGAGGUGGGGAUUCUUUCAGAUUGUCAACCACGGAAUCCCCAUUGAAGUUCUGGAGGAUGCCAAGGAAGCAACCCGCCGCUUCUUUGGGCUGCCUGCUAAGGAGAAGAACAAGUAUUCCAAGGACAAUUCGCCUUCCAACAACGUCCGCUAUGGCACCAGCUUUAGCCCGCAGGCAGAGAAAGCUCUGGAGUGGAAGGACUACCUCAGUCUCUUCUAUGUCUCUGAUGAUGAGGCCUCUGCAUUGUGGCCUGCUGCUUGCAGGGAUGGUUUGCUAGAGUACAUGAGGAAGAGCGAAGCAGUUGUUAAACAACUACUGAAGGUGCUGAUGGAGAAACUCAAUGUGACAGAGAUUGACAAAAGCAAAGAAGAUCUUCUCAUGGGGUCUCGCAGAAUUAACAUAAACUACUAUCCCAUCUGCCCAAACCCUGAGUUGACUGUGGGAGUUGGCCGCCAUUCCGAUGUGUCCACACUUACAAUCCUCCUUCAAGAUGACAUCGGUGGCCUCUACGUUCGAGACUUGGAAGACAACAACAGCUGGAUCCAUGUCCCUCCGGUUAAAGGUUCCAUUGUGAUCAAUGUGGGAGAUGCUUUGCAAAUUAUGAGCAAUGGCAGAUACAAGAGCGUGGAGCACCGAGUGGUAGCGAAUGGGAGCAAAAACAGAAUAUCUGUUCCCAUAUUUGUGAAUCCAACACCAAAUGACAUCAUUGGUCCAUUGCCUCAAGUUCUUGCCACUGGAGAGAAACCCCUUUACAAGGAGAUUCUGUAUUCCGACUAUGUCAAGUACUUCUUCAGAAAGGCUCACGAUGGAAAAGCCACGGUUGACUAUGCAAAGAUCUAAUCGAUCGGCCGCCGACGCAGCUCCUUCCUUGAAUACUCAUAUACAAUUCUUUUUGUGUAUUUUUGUUUUAUUAUUUUUUCUUUCUUUUGCUAAAUUAAUUCUUAAAUUGUAUUUAUGUUGUACUGAAUUACUUCUUUAAUAUUUUUAUUACCAUAUGGUUUCUGGUAAAAUGUAAGACCAAAUAAUUUCUUUUACUUAAUGAAUAAUGCUAUAUACUCUGUCCUUGCCUUGUA